GGGCAGCUCGCGGGCUGUGGGUGCGGGUGGGAGGCGCGCAGCGGGGGCCGCGGCGACCCCCAGCAGGUCCUCAGCGCCGCUGCUCCCCGCCGUCCCUGCAGUCGUGCCCCUUCCGCGAGGUCCUGCCUCAGUGGCGAGGGGGUCGCGGACGUUGGGCGCGCGCUGCCGACUGCCGUGGAGCCCGGGGCCGCUCGCUUCCAAGAGCAGGAAGAAUCACCCUUAAUGGAGAACUACUGCUCUGUAUAAACAAAUCAGAAGAAAUCUGCAAAAACAGCUAUUGGAACUGUGACCACCAAGCAGCCCCACCAUGUCCAGGUCCCAGAUCCCGGAGCAGACACUGGAUGCCCAGGGAGACUCACCCCUGCACAGGAGGGACGAGAACACCAGAGAUGGUAUCCAGAGCUCCCACCGCAUGCUGGGCUUCAGUGAUGCACUGCUGUCUAUCAUCGCCACUGUCAUGAUCCUGCCUGUGACCCACACGGAGAUCUCCCCAGAACAGCAAUUUGACAAAAGUAUACAGAAACUUCUAGCAACCAGAAUCGCUGUCUACCUGAUGACAUUUUUAAUCGUAACUGUGGCCUGGGCAGCACAUACCAGACUGUUCCAGGUUGUUGGGAAAAUAGAUGAUACACUUGCCUUGCUUAACCUGGCCUGCAUGAUGACCAUCACUUUUCUGCCAUACACAUUUUCUUUAAUGGUGACUUUUCCCGAUGUGCCCUUGGGCAUCUUCCUGUUCUGUGUGUGUGUGAUCGCCAUUGGAGCUGUACAGGCACUGAUUGUGGGGUAUGCCUUCCACUUCCCACACCUGCUGAACCCACAAAUCCGGUGCUCUGCACACAGGGCCCUGUCCCAGAAGCAUGUCCUGCGCCUUGUCCUCCGUGGCCCAGCACUGUGCUUUGCCGCGGCCAUCUUCUCUCUCUUCUUCUUUCCCAUGUCAUACUUUCUGAUGGUGACCAUCAUCUUCCUCCCUCACAUCAGCAAGGCCAUCAGCUGGUGCAAAAACAGGCUCAUGGGCCUCAGGGAGCCUCCAGCACACAGUGUGGAGCCCUUCAGUUUCGACCUGCAUGCACCCCUCAGCAAGGAGCGGGUGGAAGCCUUCAGUGAUGGAGUCUACGCCAUUGUGGCCACACUCCUCAUCUUGGACAUCUGUGAGGACAACGUUCCAGACCCCAAGGAUGUGCAAGAGAAGUUCCGAGGCAGCCUUGUGGCUGCCCUGGGUGCUUAUGGGCCACACUUCCUGGCAUACUUCGGCUCUUUUGCUACAGUGGGUCUGCUCUGGUUUGCCCACCACUCACUCUUCCUGCAUGUCCGCAAGGCUACCCAGGCCAUGGGACUGCUGAAUACACUCUCACUGGCCUUUGUGGGCGGCCUCCCCCUGGCCUACCAGCAGACCUCAGCCUUCGCCCAGCAGCCCCACGACGAGCUUGAGCGCGUACGCGUUAGCUGCGCCAUCAUCUUCUUUGCCAGCAUUUUCCAGUUUGCCAUCUGGACAGCGGCCCUGCUACAACAGGCAGAAACACUACAACCAGCAGUGCGGUUCGGCGGGCAGGAGCAUGCCUUUAUGUUCGCCAAACUCACACUGUAUCCCUGUGCAAGCCUGCUGGCCUUCUCUGCCACCUGCCUGUUGAGCAGGUUCAGCACCGCCAUCUUCCACCUCAUGCAGAUAGCAGUGCCUUUUGCCUUCUUGCUGCUGCGUCUCCUCGUGCGCCUUGCCUUGGCCGCCCUGCGGGUCCUGCAAGGUCUCCGGCCAGCACACCCCCAACCAGGCCAGGCAGAGGCUGAGGCACAGUCCCAACUCCUGCCUGCUCCCUGCUAGUGCCAAGGAGGCCACCCACCCAUCCCAAUGAGGCCACUGGAAGGAAGGGGUCCCAAGGGUGGGCCAAUGGGUUCACUGUGGCCCUGGGACUAUUUUACCUGCCUGGGUAUUUCCUUUGUGAAAUAUCAAGGUCUAUUUCAGACUACAAAAAUUGUUCUGUUUUUUACAAUAAGGAAUUUGAGGGAACUUGUUUUAUUGCUUUGUCUACUUUCCUCUUCAACCCAGAUACAAGUGAUUACCACUCUACCUAAGUCAGCCACUUGGGGCUGACAUGUGGAUGGUGUUUGAGGCAGUGGGGCCCAGCCAGAUCCCAGAGUC